AUGUCGACCAACGACCACCAUGGCGAAGAUAUCGAGAGCAUAGGCUCAGGCUCAGGUCCAGGCGCCGCCGCCGCGGUGACUCCCCCGGCCUUACUCCAUCGCUCUCUACAUCAACAGCCAUACAAGGUCAGCUCGGCGAAAGGCAUUUACCUGACCCUGGACAGCGGGCGAGUGGUGAUGGACGCCUGCGGCGGAGCGGCUGUUACGUGUCUAGGUCACGGCAACGACGAAGUUCUGCAGGCAGUGACGCGACAAAUGAAUACGGGGGUGAGCUAUCUGCAUUCGCUGACUUACACGACCGAGGCAGCGGAACAGCUGGCGCGGCAUCUGAUCGACGGGCCUCACGGUGGAGGCCGGUUCGGCCUGGAAAAGGCCUACUUUGUCAACAGUGGCAGCGAGGCCAUGGACGCGGCCCUCAAGCUGGCUCGACAGUACUUUUUCGAGCUGGGCCAACUGGACAAGACCAGAUUCGUGGCGCGCAGACAGAGCUACCACGGAACCACCAUCGGCGCCAUGACCGUCGGCAGUAAUCUACCGCGGAAAGCACCCUACGCCUGCUUCCAGCUGGACACCGUCAGCUGGAUGACUCCGGCAUACGCCUACCAGUACUCGAACUGGAAGCAAGGCGAGACAGAGGAGCAGUUCGCCGAAAGACUGGUGCAGGAGCUGGACCGGCAUUUGCAGGACAUCGGCCCGGAGAAAGUCAUCGCCUUCAUUGCGGAACCCUUGGUUGGUGCCACGAGUGGCUGCACCCCAGCUCCCCACGGUUACUUCAAGGGAGUCAGACAAGUGUGCGACAAGUAUUCCAUUCUCCUCAUCCUCGACGAAAUCAUGUGUGGCAUGGGUCGCACAGGCACUUUGUUCGCGUUUGAACAAGAGCAUAUCGUCCCGGACAUUGUCACUAUCGGCAAAGGUCUCGGGGGCGGAUACUCUCCCAUUGCAGGCAUGCUCGUCCAUAAGAAGAUCAUCGACGUCCUGCAAAAAGGCACGAGCAGUUUCAAUCACGGCCACACGUACCAGGCGCACCCAGUCGGGUGUGCAGCCACGCUGGCGGUCCAGAAGAUCCUCCGACGGGACGCCAUGAUCGACAACUGCGCCCUCAGAGGCCAGUUUCUGCAUUCAUUGCUCCUUGAAACGUUCCAACACGCCAAGUAUGUAGGCCAUAUCCGCGGACGAGGUCUGUUUUGGGGGAUCGAGUUUGUCAAGGACAAGGCCACGCGCGCCUCGUUCCCUCCCGCAGUAGGCUUCGGAAUCCGGUUUCAAUCCCUGGCCUUCGAACUUGGUGUAGCCGUCUAUCCUGGCUCCGGCACCGUGGAUGGCAGUAGAGGAGACCAUGCCAUCUUGUCGCCCCCAUACAACGUGACAGAGGAUGAGUUAAGGAAGAUUGUCCAUGUCGUGAAGUUGGCCUAUGAUCGGCUGGAGAAAGACAUUGAUGAUGCUGCAGACGAGUCUGGCCAAAACAAAGUCGAGACGCCAUAUUGA